AUGCCCACUCCCCCAAAAUAUAAAGUUUCUCGGUCAGAAAAACUCGGCAGAUAUUUACAAGCAGCAAAAAAUCUGGCAGCCGGUGAAGUAAUACUUCGAGAGACACCGAUCGCUGUCGGACCAACGACUUCCAGCAGGGAUUACGUGUGUUUCGCCUGUUUGCGCUUAUUACCGAAAAUGAAAAGAACGCCGCAAUUUCUGUGCCCCGAAUGCAAUGUUGCACCUUUAUGUGGUACCGUCUGCGAGAGACACCCGAAGUAUCAUACAACGGACGAAUGCGAAAUAUUCAAGAAUAAUACGGGUCUAUCGUCCAACAAUAUGGCGGAUGUGGUCGGUGUCUUGUUGCCGUUAAGAUUAUGGCUAUUGAAACAGAGGGAUCCAGAAUCGUGGAGGUUGGUAGAAUCCAUGGAAUCCCACAUGGACAAAAGGAGAAACACGUCCGUAUGGAAGGACAGGGAAGCGAACGUUAUAAACGUGAUCAAGGCCCUUCGAUUAAUUACCGUGGACGAUGCUGCCGCCGCCGAAUUUCUGCAACGGUUGUGCGGAAUUUUAGACGUGAACACGUUCGAGCUACGGUCCCCGGGAGGUCUGGACGGGCUUCUUUUACGAGGUUUAUAUACGGAAGCCUCCCUCAUGGCACACGACUGCAGGGGGAACACUCAUCUCACAGUGGACGAUGACUUUCAGCUGACCGUAUACGCAAGUCUACCUAUACAAGAGGGCGAUGCUAUUCUUUUCAAUUACACAUCGUCACUUCUGGGAACGACAGGCAGAAGAGAACACUUACGUGGCGGGAAGUACUUCGAAUGCGAUUGCUCGUUAUGCAGAGAUCCAUACGAAAUGGGAUCGUACAUGAGCAGCAUUCUGUGCCCACGGUGUAGAGAAGGUUACAUAGGGAUGCAGAAUCCGUUGGCAAUCGAUCCGUACGAGAGAAACAUGAGGUGGCAAUGCAAUAAAUGCAAGAGAAGCAUCGGAGGUCGCCUUGUACGAGCUACUUUGGACAUAAGCAGAACGCUGAUCGAUGACACGGAUGACAGUGACAUCAAAGGUCUGGAAGUGUUAACAACUAAACUGAUGCGAUCCCUUCACCCGAAUCAUUUCUUACUACUCUCCUUGAAGCAGAAGUUAUUGGCGGCGUAUAGAAAAGAGGUGGCAACGCUAAACCCACAGAAGAAAUGUAUGCAGAGAAUGUUGGACACGUGCAAGGAAGUGUGCGAUGUACUGGAUAUAGUUGAGCCGGGGAUAUCUCGGUUAAAGGGUAUAAUGCUGUACGAAAUGCACUUACCAUUGGUACUGUUAGCGAACCGCGCAUACGCGGGACGUGAAAUUUCAUCGAUGGAACUGACUUCCCGCCUCGAGAAAGCCGGAAGUCUACUGAAAAAGUCGCUCAGGACGCUUCUUUUGGAGCCGACCGACACGCCGGAAGGAAAAUUAGCGAAACGAGCGUUACAAGAAUUAAAGGCUCUUAAUCAAAACAUCGCUGAUGUUAAGACGAUUGCCACGAUGGAAGACACACGUGUACACAAUAAAAGGAAAUCACAAAAAGAUAAGUCGAAUACGAAGAAAUAA